AUGAGUGGACAUGCUGCAGAGCCAGAGUUCAUCUUCAGCAGAAUCAUCAUGGAUGGAGCCGUCAGCAUCAGGACCAUCACCACCAACAACAACAUCAGCAGUUUCCUGCAGGUGAGAGUCUCUGAAAACGACCUCCUGAAGAUCUCUGCAGUAACGGGUCAUCAGGAAGUUUCUCUGGACCUCCUGAUGCUAAAAUGGAAAAAAUAUAUCAGAGCAGCAGUGAGUGGAUGAAAGAGCACAACGCUGCAGUGAGUUUUCCAUCAAUAGAGAGACGAGGAGGAGGAGGAGGAGGAGGAGGAGGAGGAGUGUGUGUUUUUAUGGGGGAAUUGUUCGAUACUGUCGUCUCCACUUAGUCCUGCAGGCUCUGAAGGGAACGGCAGACUGAAAAGGAGAAAGAGAGGGCAGAGAGAAGGAGAGGAGGAGAGGAGACGGGCCAGUGAGCAGCGCUGUACGUCUUCAAACGGGGCGAGUGGAGGGAGGUCCACAGAUGGUCCGAGACACACAGAAGGUCGAUUCUGA